AUGAAUUCCCGUAAGUACAUCCGAAACAAAAGAACGCCAGUCCUGGGAGGUUUGAAGGUUGAGGAUGCUGGUAAUGGCUGCAAGCGCUUGGAUCUUCCCACCGUGCAGUAUGGCCAGAGCAAGGACAUAGUGCUGCGCAUGUCGGCUGGUGGUGAGGAUGCGUACCUCUCUGCCAAAGCCACCUAUACCAUGGCGGAUGGAGAAGAGCGUGAGACGCCUCUGCAGGAGGGCCUCGUAACAGACGCCACCAGUAUCAGUGAGGUAUCCUUGCAGCUCUGGCGCUCGCGCUUUGCGGAUCUUCUGGAGCAGGCGGAUUUGGAGAUUUUUUGGGAUUUUAUGGGUCCUCUCGAUAAACGAGAGCGAAUCAAACAGAAGUCUUUGGAGGAUGGCUAUGAUCAAGAUCCGUUCAUCCUCCAUCUGCUGCAGGAUCUGCAGGGUGAAGCCAUUGACGCCGUGGAGCUCGCUGCGUCCAUCGGGCUGACAACGACCAAAGCGUUCACGAAAUGGGGUCGACACUACCUGCCAUCCUUGAUGUUUGCCCAUCGAAGACAGAUGUGCAACAACUUCAAGGACCCAGGGGUGCAGCACUAUGGUGGGGAGAUGUUUCAGGCUUUGCGAGAUGAGGCAGAUGAGAAGUUCAAUCAGCUGCCUCCACCGGAGCCCACCAGGAGCAACGUCCGCGGCUAUACCUACUCAGCCCCGCCGGUGCGGAGCAUGGCCAUGUACAAUGACGCCAGUGCCGGAUGA